GGUCGUGAAAUUCCUCGCCAGUUUUCGCCAGGUUUAUAUAAAGGGGGAAGACGGGUUCCCGUUCAAAUCAUCAAACGGUACCCAAGGGAAUCACUCUCUCGCCUUGAAUCUAUCCUCUUGACCUCUGCUCGCGUGGCGAUUGCUCGAGAGUUGGAAGCAGAGAAUCAAUGGCGGCACGCGGAACUGUUCUGGCAUCGCUUGUUCUGGCUUGCUUAGCUCAAGCUUGCUGUGGCAACGUCCUCUUUUCUUCUCUCCAGAGGACUCUCAUCGUCUCUGCUUCCCCUCACCCUGGCCAAGUGUUGAAAGCCGGCGAGGACAAGAUCACGGUGACCUGGUCGUACAACCAAAGCUUCGCGGCGGGGACGGACGCGGCCUACAAGACCGUGAAGGUGAAGCUGUGCUACGCCCCCGUCAGCCAGGUGGACCGCGCGUGGCGCAAGACCGUAGACAACCUGGCCAAGGACAAGACCUGCCAGCACGCAAUCGCGGCAGAGCCCUACUCGCUGUCCGGCAACCGGAGCCUCGAGUGGGUGGUCCAGAAGGACGUGCCGGAGGCCACCUACUUCGUGCGCGCCUACGCCCUCGACGCCGCGGGCAUCCAGGUCGGGUUCGGCCAGACCACGGACAGGAACAAGACCGCCAACCUGUUCGUGGUCCAGGCCAUCACGGGACGCCACGCUUCGCUCGACAUCGCCGCCGUGUGCUUCAGCGCUUUCUCGGUGGUGUCGCUGUUCGGCUUCUUCUUGGCCGAGAAGAGGAAGGCCAAGCCCUGUUCAACCCCCAAUUAACAACGUCAUCAAACUUAGACCGGAAGUUUGCACGGUCUAAAGGAUACGGAUCACUUCUAUCAUGUCCUUUACAUUUGCUAGUUCGUCGUUUGUUAUAUCGCUCUCGUUAUACUUCGAGUCA